AUGGGAUAUGGGUAUGACAUAGGAAAUUAUAAGAAAAAGUAUACUAUGGAUUUGGACAAGGGAGGAAGAGCAGUGGAUGACUCUACUGAAGUAUCUAUAACAAGGGACAACUCUGAUGAAGGUGCUAUAGAUGGGUCUGAAGGUGGUGAAACUUUGGAACCCUACGUGGGUAUGGAAUUUGAUUGUGAAGAUGCUGCCACUAAAUUUUACAUUGAUUAUGCCCGACAAAUAGGAUUUGUUGUGCGUAUGAUGGGACGCCGUCGUUCAGAGAUUGAUGGGAGAACACUUGCACCCAAAUGUCUAAUGCAUUCUUUUCUUAUGGCUGUCUAUUUCAUGUUUCUAGGUGACAAGGACAAAAAAAUUGAGGAACUCACUCGCGAGGUGCAGCUGCAGGACCAACUAUGUGCAUCUUACAGGGAGAAACUACUAACGUUUCUGAGCAAUGUUGAGGAGCAAGCAGAAUAUCUAUCUGCUAAAGUACAAGUUAUUGUUGACAAUGUGAGGAAAGCCGAAGCCGAAGUGCAAAAGCAGUCCCGACAUAUGUAG